AUGUAUGCAGCCUGGGAAACAGGUUCAGAGAUGUAUGAAGAAGACGCUGAUGACAUUGCUCUGAUAGCCAUAGAAGAAUCAGAACCUGAACCUGACUCAAACUUUGAAGAAAAAGAGGAACUAGUUAAAACCAAGAAUCAGAUAUUUGCUUCCCUAACUAGUUUAAAAUUUGAGUAUAUAGAUCUUGAAAAACUCAAUGCUGAACUAAAAGAGAAAAAUAAGCUUUUAUCACAGAAAGUUAAGCAAUUAGAGUCUUGUAACAUGUCCAAUAAAACUGAAAUUCUAAAACUUACAGAAACAGGAAAAGUGAGAGAAAGCAAGCAACAUUGGUACAUGGACAGUGCUUGUUCGAGACACAUGACUGGAGAUACAUCACAAUUUCUCCCACUCAAAGAAGGAAGAGGUGGAAUAGUAGCUUUUGAUGGAGGGAAAAAGGGUCAGAUUAAAGGCAUCGGAAAGAUAGGCAGAUCAGAUGAACACUCAAUUGACAAAGUAUAUCAUGCCGAAGGUUUGAAACACAACUUGCUAAAUAUAUCUCAACUUGUGAUAAAGGAAACGAGGUAA